ACAUUGACAUCGUUUUUACGAUGCUUUGUUACCAUGUGUAUUCGGUUCAUUGUGAUGAGGAGUGUUGAACCGUGAUUUUAUGUUCCUCGAACACGUGAACUGAUCAUCGGUGAUUCACGGUUGGUGGAAAUUUCCUCGAAGCUUAAGGCUUGAUUGGAGUUCGAAGCAAAUAGCACCAUCGCCGGGGUACCUAAGACCGGUGAAAUGUGUAAUUCGCAGUGUCGACGGAGUGGAGAAACUUGAAAAGGUGUUGAAAAUCCGAGGGCACGCAUAACCGAGGGUGAGAAAAAUCGCGCGUGUGUGGGUGCGGUAAACACGAUGUUCCGUAAAGGAUUAUCGAUGUUAGGGUGAUAAUGAGCCGAGAGGAUAAACGGGGGUUGAAAUCAUGUGUACAAGAUAGUGACAAUAUGUGAAGAAAUUCCGCCCCUUCGGUAGCGAUGUCAACUUCUCUUCCUACGCUCAUCUUUUUUAUGUUUUCUUUUGGUGGAACCGUGAUCGGAUUACGAAACUUUCGGACGGAUUUUCUCGAGGAAUGGCCAACGCCUGGGACAGGUCCUUACUUUGACACAUCGAUGACUUCUAACUUCACCGGACUGGUUGGAAAGACUGUUCACUUGAUCUGCAAGGUCAAGAAUUUGGGUAAUCGAACGGUGUCUUGGGUGCGGCACAGGGACAUCCACCUUCUAACCGUUGGACGGUACACCUACACAAGUGACCAACGAUUCGAGGCCCUCCACUCGCCCCACUCGGAGGAAUGGACCCUCAGAAUCCGGUAUCCUCAGCGGAAGGAUUCCGGGGUUUAUGAGUGCCAGAUAUCGACUACGCCGCCCAUUGGUCAUCCGGUCCAUCUAACCAUCGUUGAACCGGUAACGGAAAUCGUUGGCGCCCCGGAUCUGUUCGUCAACAAAGGGAGCACCAUCAACCUGACAUGCCUUGUCCGAUUUGCUCCGGAACCACCGCCGAUGAUGACUUGGAGUCAUAACACAGUGGAGAUUAAUUUUGACUCUCCGCGUGGCGGUGUCAGCCUCGUGACCGAAAAGGGACCCGUCACCUCUAGCCGAUUAAUGAUCCAGAAGGCGGUAGCCACGGACUCAGGGACUUACACUUGCGGUCCAAGCAACGCGAAUCCUAACAGCAUACGAGUCCACGUUGUCAACGAGGAACAUCCGGCAGCGAUGCAUCACGGAGGAGUCAGCCGAACUUUUCCUGGCCUAAUCGCGGUCUGUUUAUCGAUCUCGAUCUCAGCCAAGGUGACCUUUGCUUGAAUCGUUCAAGUCCCUCAAGUGUCCAGCUGGUAAAUUACUUCGGAAACAUUGAAGCUAGGAUCCCGUAACUAGCAGAAGGGUUGAUGGCACACGUUUCUGUGAUGAACAGUUUCUUUUUGCUCCGAAUGCAACAACAACAUGCAGUGUAGCGGUAACCGGAGUUAUUUUUCUGACCACGUGUCGUUACGGACUGUUGCUAAUUGCGAUAAUUAGACGGAUUACAUGUGUGGAAGAAAGAAACAGAUUUACUUACACCUAAUUAACGAUAAAUUUAGAUUGAUAAAAUGAAGCGAAUCUUGUAAAUAAAUUUAUGUAUGUACAUAUCAAUAAAAGAAUUGACUUUGAA